AUGGUCCAUAAUGAUGACCCGCAACCUCAACUGGUGGACGAAAGAACAUCUCUUCUGUCUUCGCAGAGUCUUGUUAGUGAUCAAGGUACCAUCAAGACACCACAACAAGAUUCGCAAGAAGUAUCAUCGCAUGGUGAUAUCUCUGUAGCUCGGUCUGUUCUUCCCACAAUUCCUUUUGGAAUCUUCAUUGCGCAGGCAGACUCCUCAAUCGUUCUGGCCAACAGCCAAGAGAUUGCGUCUGAGUUUCGAUUCCUUUCAGAUGCUUCUUGGCUUAUGAUAUCCUAUGUUCUAGCGCAGUGUUAUGGAAGAACAAGCAACAUAUCUGGCAGAAAGCCUGCUAUGAUAUUCUCCUAUGCUGCCUUGACACUAGGAUGUAUCAUUUGUGGAAUUGGCACUUCCUACUGGCACGUUCUUUUGGGGCGUGUCGUCAGUGGAAUAGGUGGUGCCGGCAUGGUUGAACUGGUAACCGUCAUCAUUGCCGAUCUCUUAACUCCUCGACAAGUCGCAACCUGUAGAAGUUAUGUCAACGUCGUGGCAACUCUCGGUAGAUCUUGUGGUGGGCCUCUUGGAGGAUGGCUUGUUGACACAGUAGUUGGAGAUGGUGAACAGAAACUUGAUCUGUGCUUCAUAGGACAAAGUCUGGUUGCGACACUGGCUGUCCUCCUAAUCAUCUGGAAGCUCCUAGUGAAUAUUGCUGGUCGUGCAGAUCUGGCAUGUUCGAGCAUCGCAAAUGGGCCCCGAAGAGUAGGCUUUGCUGAUUCGCUUUACUUCCAGCAGCCUUAG